CAUAACGGUACCACUGUAUGAGAUUAGUGUUGUGUACAUUAAACACGACUGCUACGCUUCAGCUCAGCAAGGCCAAACACGGAACAUAAGGAAGUUGUAAUAUUGUUUCUUUGACAUUUCUAAAACUAGUGGAUGAAUCGCUAGUAAGAUGGCUGCACCUCCAGACUUAGCAACAUCAGCUGUCAUGGUCCAGAGCUCUGAGAUGCCAAAGGAUUCUGUAAAGGUCAAAGGUUAUGAUUUCAACGAGGGUAUUGAUUAUCACAAGCUUCUACAAUCGUUUAAGACAUGUGGAUUCCAAGCAACAAAUCUAGGACUGGCUAUUGAGGAAAUUCAAAAAAUGAUAUCCAAGAAAGAAGAAGGAUACGAUGAAGAGGAAGCUAAGAAGGGAGCUGAGCUGAAUCCUUGCGGGCGACUCAAGUCAAAUUGUACCAUCUUCCUGGGGUACACCUCCAACCUUAUCUCAUCAGGUCUCCGAGAAAAUUUUAGAUUCCUAGCCCAACACAAUUUGGUCGAUUGCAUAGUUUCUAGUGCAGGAGGAAUUGAAGAAGACUUCAUCAAAUGUUUAGGAGACACAUAUAUUGGUGAUUUCAGCCUGAGAGGUCGUGACCUGAGACCUAAAGGCAUCAAUCGGAUCGGCAACCUGUUGGUUCCGAACGAGAACUACUGCAAGUUUGAGGACUGGCUGAUGCCGAUCUUAGAUCAGAUGUUGGUAGAACAGAACACAGAGGGUAUCAACUGGACACCAUCCAAGAUGAUCGCUAGAUUAGGCAAAGAAAUCGAUGAUCCAAAUUCUGUCUACUACUGGGCAUAUAAGAACAACAUUCCAGUGUUUAGUCCUGCCCUAACGGACGGUUCAUUGGGUGAUAUCCUCUACUUCCAUUCCUACAAGAAUCCUGGUCUAAGACUAGAUAUCGUAGAAGAUGUCCGGAGAAUGAACAGUCAGGCAGUGUAUGCAGCACACACAGGAAUGAUCAUCUUAGGUGGUGGGCUGGUCAAACAUCAUAUAUGCAAUGCAAACCUUAUGAGGAAUGGAGCUGACUUCUGUGUAUUUCUGAACACGGCUCAAGAGUUUGAUGGGUGCGAUGCUGGAGCCAGACCAGAUGAAGCUAUCUCGUGGGGUAAAAUCAAGAUGACCGCUUCUCCGGUCAAGGUAUAUGGUGAAGCUACCAUGCUGUUCCCUCUGAUUGUAGCCGAGACCUUCGCACGCUUUGUUCACUCGAAAGGGCACGAGAAAGAAGAUCAGCCGCUGAGCAAGAAAUCAAGAAACUCAGACUCUCACAUUGCAACAUAAAACCGAGUGCCUCGGACUGACUUACAUCCCAUGAAGACAGUGUGUGAUAAAGACUUAGCAUGCACUGGGAUGGAAAACUAAAACUAAUGUUACAUCGUAGGAAGUGGAAUGUGGUACAUGGUGAGCAUAUGCUGUCAAAGACUUCAGACUUGUUGGAACAUGGAAUUCAACAAAUGGGACUGAAGCCAAAAAAGUGCCUU